AUGGCAGGUGAAUCAUCAGUAUCAAAAUUCCAAAUCACUUUAUCCGAUGAAUCAAAGGAAAGAAUAAUCAAGUUGUUGGACUAUUCUAAAACUGUUGCUCAUUAUGGGUUUAUUCCAUUUGUUUUAUACUUGGGUUGGUCUGCUACUCCAAAUAAACCAUCUAUCUUGAACUUGUUAUCUCCAUUCCCAUCAGCUUAA